CAGAGUAGACACACUCACUGUCAACCCGUUGUGAAUUGUGGACCUUUUCACGACAUUCUGAAACCAACCGAACAUCCUGAGAAGAACAGUGUAUCGGAGAAAAAAAAAACGCCAAGAUGACGAAGCGAAAGCGAGAAGCGGAAACACCAGAUGUGGCUGUUGAUCACUACAAAAUCCUUGAGGUCGAGAAGAAUGCUAAAGAAGAGGAGCUGAGGAGAUCGUACAAGAGACUCGCCAUGAAAUGGCACCCCGACAAAAAUCUCACGAACAAGGAAGAGGCUGAAUCCAUGUUUAAAAAAGUAUCUGAAGCGUAUGAGGUGUUAAGUGAUUCCCACAAGAGGGCACUUUUUGAUUGUAGUCUAAUGGCUCGGGUGGCACCUGCUGCUCCUGCUGCCUCUUCCACCCAGAAACCUCUCCAAAAAGCUCCUCCAAUUGAGCGCAAGUUGUCUUGCACUCUUGAAGAAUUAUACACUGGAACCACCAAGAAGGUUAAUAUAUGGAGGAAGUUCGGUGAACUUGGUGGUAAGGAUGAGGGAGAGGUAUUGGUAGUGGAAGUGAAGCCUGGUUGGAAGAAUGGCACAAAGAUAAAGUAUUUGGAGAUGGGAAUUCGGGUGCCAAAUAUGAUACCAGCUGAUCUUGUUUUCAUCAUAGAAGAAGAACUUCACAGAGUUUAUACUAGAGUUGGAGCCGACCUUCUGGUGACCAAAACGAUAUCCCUUGUUGAAGCCUUGACAGGGUACACUGUGAAACUGGUUACCCUUGAUGGAAGAAACUUAACUGUGCCAAUCGACAAUGUUAUUCAUCCUGAAUAUGAAGAGAUUGUUGAAAAUGAAGGAUUGCCUCACCACAAGGAUCCAACAAAGAAGGGAAACUUGAGAAUAAGGUUCAAAAUCACAUUCCCACCCGAUCUCACUCUUCACCAGAAAGUCGAAAUGCGGAAAUUUUUGACAGACUGAAACGUUCGUGUUGAUGAUUCACAGAGCAACAACUCUUGCGGCUCCUUUUUAUCAAAAAAUGCAUCUUGGAUUAGCAUAAUCUUGACUGGGUCAAGUUUUUACUUCAAAUUUGAGGUUUUUUUAGGGAUUAAAAUUUUGUUUCUGUAUACUGCCUGUGUUGUAUGGUUCUUAGUCUGAGGUUGAGUCCUUGUUAAUCCAUGGAGUUUUGAACUCAGAAUAUUUUUGAGAGAACGUUUUAAAACUUUUCUUGAUUUGUUAAAGAUGUGUAUGUUGAGGAAGAA